GGCAGAUCCUGGUCAAAGUUGAUGAAUUCCAUGCAGUUAGACAGAAACUGACAGCUGAAAUGGCUGACCAUUCCAAUCUGAUCAGAAGUAUGGUUGUGAGGGCAGAAGAUGCCAGACUUAUGGGGGAUAUGAAGAAUAUGAGAAAAGGCUACAUGGAGUUAUACAACAUGAAUAGAGACUUAAUCAAUGGUUAUAAAAUUCGCUGCGGAAAUCAUCAGGAACUAUUAGCUUGUCUGAAGCAGCUGAAUCAAAUGAUACAGAAAGCAGGCAGGCUCAGAGUGGGAAAAUAUAAAACACAAGUGGUAUCAGCAUGCAGAGCAGCAAUCAAGAGUAACAAUGUCAGUGCUUUGUUUAAAAUCAUCAAGACAGGGGCGUCAUAGAAGGGACAUGAUGUUGUUCAAUGGUUUGAAGCACCUUAAAACUGGAUGAUGGACUGGAACACCUUAAAUAUCAAUAAAGGACUAGAGCACCUUAAAACCUUAAAAUCAACAGGAACACCUUAAAACUGAUUUGUGGACAGGAGCACCUUAAAACUGAAUAAAGGAGAUGAGCAAUGCCAUUCAUUGUGAUCCUAACAUUCCAUUUGUAAACCAGUUUACUUUGAACUUAAAAAUCAACUCUCCAUUUCUCUCUCACUAUCUGCCAUGUGUAUUAUAUUUAUGGGUCUAUUACAUUUGGUGAAGGUCUCUUACAGGAUAUGAACGAAAAGUGAUGAAAAUAUUUUCUCAACGAUUAUCCUUUGUAUUUCUAUUUUUAAUACUACAACAGAGUUGUGGUGAAAUUAAACUAAUGUUAGCACAUUCUAAAUAGUGAGGGAUUUGUAUGAACUAAAGAAUGAAUCCAUACCAUGAAAGUAUUCAGUAACUAAUGAUACAAAAUUACCAAUGAUAUGAUGGUGUAUUUAUUUAAUGACUUUUCAUCCAUUAAUGAUGAAUUUGUAUCAUAUGUGCAGGACAUGUACAUAUAUAUAAGUUAACAUAAGAAAGUGUAUAUUUUGAAAAUAUACAUAUCAUAAUUUGAUAGCAUCUAUAAGGAAUUGAAGUAAUUUGUAUCAUGAGUGGACCUUGUAUCAUUAUUGGUUAAUAUAGUGCUUGAUUUAUGAUAAAGUACAUCUUCUUAUACCUACAGGUGAUCUUGUCUUUACUCAUCACCUGUUGAUGAUUGCAAGAUAAGUUCACCCGUGGAUAUCCAACAAUGGAAAAAGUAAUAGCAUUAAUGGAUCCAAAUAUUAUCACUAAAGUUACAUAAAAUAGGUGAAUUUUGAUUCAUUAGUGAUAAUGUACAACUGGAAAAUGUACAUUAUAGAUUUUUUUUUUUUGUUACAUGUGUGAUCUGAUUUUUUCAUUUAUUUAUUGUAAGUUUCAUUUUUGUUUUUACUUUGUCUACUGAUUUAUAUACAUAAUCCGUCCUUAAUAUUGUGCAUUGUAUUGUGCUUUUUUUUUACUUUCAAGAUGAAAAGAAAAUGUUUUAUAUAAAUACUUAAAAUUAAUUUAUGACCCUGUUGGAACAUGACACAUACAUUAUUUUGAAAUAAAGUCAUAUGAAAACAGUA